AGGCGCGCAGCAGGAGGCCAUUUCCAACGAGCCAGCGGGGGCAAAAGAUGGCGACGCCCCUUGGGUGGUCGCAGGGGGGCUCUGGAUCAGUGUGUCUCGCCUUCGAUCAACUGCGGGACGUGAUUGAAUCUCAGGAGGAACUUAUCCACCAGCUGAGGAAUGUGCCCCUGUCCCUUCCUGAGCCAGGCUCUGUUGCAGAUGGUUCUCCAGGAUGAGAAUUUUGUCAGUAAAGAAGAAUUCCAUGAAAUAGAGAAGAAACUGGUGGAGGAGAAAGCUGCUCAUGCCAAAACCAAAGCCCUCCUGGCCAAGGAAGAAGAGAAGUUACAGUUUGCUCUGGGAGAGGUGGAGGUGCUGUCCAAGCAGCUGGAGAAAGAGAAGAUGGCCUUUGAAAAAGCGCUCUCCAGUGUCAAGAGCAGAGUCCUGCAGGAGUCCAGCAAGAAGGACCAGCUCAUCACCAAGUGCAAUGAAAUUGAAUCCCACAUUAUAAAGCAAGAAGAUAUACUUAAUGGCAAAGAGAAUGAGAUUAAAGAGUUGCAGCAGGUUAUCAGCCAGCAGAAACAGAAUUUCAGGAAUCACAUAUCUGACUUCCGGAUCCAAAAGCAGCAGGAGACCUACAUGGCCCAGGUGCUGGAUCAGAAGCGUAAGAAAGCCACAGGAAUGCGUCGGGCCCGUAGCCGUCAGUGUUCCAGGGAGAAAUAAACUGCUGGUUAUCUUCCUGUUCUCUA